UUCAAAAUUACACUUACAACAAUCGUGCCGCUCUCAUCGUCCACAGCAACAGCGGAAUCGCCAUGUCAGUGGUGGAAGAAGAAGAAGAAGAAGUGUUGAUCGGUGCGAUCGAUCAAGGCACAACCAGCACACGCUUCAUCAUCUACGACCGCUCCGCGCGCGUAAUUGCCUCGCACCAAGUCGAAGUCAAGCAAUUCUAUCCCCAAUCAGGAUGGGUGGAGCACGAUCCUAUGGAGAUUCUCGAAAGCGUGAGAACAUGUAUUGCGAAGGCUGUAGAGAAGUCCGUCGGUAAAGGAUUGAAAGCAAUUGGCGUGACGAAUCAGAGAGAAACCACUGUAGUAUGGAGCAGAUCCACAGGCUUACCACUCUACAACGCGAUUGUUUGGAUGGACGUCCGUACCAGUUCCAUCUGCAGAAAACUGGAGAAGGAAUUACCAGGAGGAAGAACACAUUUUACAGAACAAUGCGGAUUGCCAAUAAGCACCUACUUCAGUGCACUGAAGCUACUAUGGUUGUUCGAAAAUGUCGAAAGAGUAACGGAAGCAGUGAACAAUGGAGACGCCAUGUUCGGCACCAUCGACACUUGGCUAAUCUGGAACAUGACAGGUGGCAAAGAACACGGCCUACACGUCACGGAUGUGUCGAAUGCAUCAAGAACAAUGCUACUAAACAUCAAGAAACUUGAAUGGGACGAAACCAUCCUCAACACCCUCAAGAUCCCUCCACAAAUCCUUCCAAAGAUUGUAAGCAACGCCGAGGUUAUAGGAAUCAUUGCGCGAGAUUGGCCUCUUCCCGGGGUCCCAAUCUCCGGUUGUCUCGGCGAUCAGCACGCAGCCAUGGUGGGACAGGGGUGUCGAAAAGGGGAAGCCAAGAGCACUUACGGGACAGGGGCUUUUAUUCUUUUGAACACGGGCGAUGAACUGGUCAAGUCGAAGCACGGUUUGCUGACCACUUUGGCGUAUAAGCUCGGGCCUAAAGCAUCUCCCAACUACGCUCUAGAAGGUUCCAUUGCCAUAGCCGGUGCAGCUGUGCAGUGGCUGAGGGACGGGUUGGGUAUGAUUGAGAGCGCGGGGGAGAUGGAAGAGUUGGCGGGGCAGGUGGAGUCGAGUGGUGGAGCUUAUUUUGUGCCGGCUUUUAAUGGCCUUUUUGCUCCAUGGUGGCGCGACGAUGCUAGAGGGGUGUUUGUCGGCAUCACGAGGGCAACAACGAAAUGCCACAUUGCUCGAGCCGUGCUCGAGAGCAUGUGUUUUCAGGUUAAAGAUGUGUUGAAUGCGAUGCAUAAGGAUGUCGAUGGAAUUGUCAAUUAUAAGGAGGAGUUUCUACUUAAAGUCGACGGAGGAGCAACCGCCAACAAUCUUCUCAUGCAAAUUCAGGCGGACUUCUUGGGCAAUGCGGUGGUCCGGCCAGCGGAUGCAGAGACGACAGCGCUCGGAGCAGCUUAUGCGGCUGGAUUAGCAAUCGGCGUAUGGACAGAAGACGACAUAUUUUCAUCGCCGGAGAGGGGUGCGACGGCUACCGAUUUUCAUCCAAGAAUGGAAGAAGAGGUGAGGAAGAAGAAGAUGGAAUCAUGGUGCAAAGCUGUUACCAAAAGUUUCGACUUAGCUGAUCUCUCCCUUUAAGUAAACACAAGAAAGAAAUUAAAACACACAUCAGGUUUGCAGUAAUCUUACAAUCCCACCUUUUUCUUGUGUCUUUUAUAGUUUUAUACUAUUGUAUUUGUAAUUUUGUAAGUUACGAUUUUAUACAUAUUUAUUUCACGUAGUGUUGACAAUUCUUUGUAAAUUAAAAGACAAGACACGAUGUUAUCAUAGACAAUACAUUAUAUAUGUUAAUAUAAUGUAAGGAAACACUGUCAACACACCAUGUAUGUUAGUGUGACAUAAAGAUUUAUAC